GUUAUAUAGGCUAUACCUUCGUAUUACUACUACUCUACCUCCUUUCACGAUUCACGGCGAGUUAUGUGGUUAUAGCCUAUGUAACAAUUAGAUGACGAUGGCUUUCCACCAAGGAACUAUAUCACGUAUUUUUCAAAGGUUUGGAAGUAGCUAUAAGGGUAUAUGUCGCUUGAUGAGCAAUGCAGCCGCUAAUCCCGAAGAACUGAAGUUGAAGACACUCCUUCAGACCCGUUUCCCACAGGCAACCGCCAUUGAGGUCCAGGAUAUAUCUGGAGGCUGUGGUGCAAUGUAUGAAGUUUGGGUGGAGUCCAUAGAUUUCAAAGGCCUGAACAGAGUUAAACAGCAUAAAUUAAUUACUCAGACCUUAAAGAAGGAAAUUAAAGACAUGCACGGACUCCGCAUCACAACUUCAGUGCCAGAAGAGACUUAGUAUUCAUCUACCUAGAUUCAAUAUGUACAUAGCAGUAUGUUAACAGUGAUAGAAGUAAUGUAGAUAUGUAUAGUAUUCAACUAUCUAUGGUGUAUGGAAAUCAGAUGUACAAUUUUUGUAGUGUGGUCUCCUGUCUGUAUGUUACCAUUGUCUUGAGAUUUUAAUAUAUUUGAUGGUUAUCUGUUUUUGGCCUUUUCAUUUAAAUAUUACAUGCAGUUUCAUCACAGUCCUAUCCACCAUACAAAUGCUUUGAUUCAUUGUCCCUAAAUUUCACCAGACUCAACAGUUUUUUAUCUAACAGAAAAUUUGUAGUACGUUGAUGCAUGCGCCUUCUAAACCUUUACAGAGGGUUUAGUCCCUACUGUCAACUGUCAUUCCUGGUCCACUUUGCAUAACAAUUCUUAAGAGCUCUUUUGGAUUGUACAUUGUAUACAAAUACCCUGGGAAUAUUCAGCAACUCAGCCUUCAAACCUAGAUUGCAAGUUAAGAUAUAUGAUUGAUGGGUUUGUAAUUAAGGUGUAUGACAGGUGUAUGAGGAUCUAGUUUGUACAUGUGGUUAGACAACUGUACUUCAUCUGUUUGUUAGAAUCUGGAGACAUUUGAGACUAAUGUAAGCAUAUGUACAAUUAAUGGACUUGUAUGAAAAAACUAGUUUUGUGUUAUGAAAACUCAGGUUUCAACUAGUAAGUUUAUAAUUACCCCAAUGUGUCUUACAUUCUACUGUAUCUUAUCUUUUGGAAUUGAAGUUAAAAGAGGUCAAUCAUAUGUUCAGUUAUUUCACUGCCUCAAAAGUAUGACCUAGAGCUCCUACAGUCUCAGUCUAGCUCUGCUAAGAUGGAUUAUAGUAGCUGUAAUAUCAUAGCAUUCUUGACUUUUUAGCAUAUUAUAGAAAUUUGUGUUAGUUGAAAUAUAUUAUAUGUAGUACUGUAGGUUGUAUUCUUUUUCAGUUUUGUGUGUGUAUAUGUAGUUGUAAAUUAGUGGAAAAUACUUUGCUCUUAUGGGAAAGCAGUUAUUGUGAAUUCUUUUUAGCAGUAGCCUGAAAAUUCUAUAUAGCAUCCACUGAUUUGUAGUAGCAUCAUCUUUUGUAUAGAUUUCAUUUAUGUUACCUUUGAGUGAAGUUAAUUUCACUUGUAAUUGUUAUUUUCAGUGGAAAUUCUGGUAUGUACGUAUGAUUGCUAUUUUAUGCAACAGGACAUAUUGUGAAUGUUAUUUUUAAACAUGAAGCCACAAGGAAUAAAAAAAAUAAUGAAAAUCUGAGUGUAGGAGCUAUAUUGAAUUUUAUUACAUAAAAGUAAUUUAUAUUUUUUUUUAUUGUAUUUUUUUUUAAUGUCAGAAAUUUGAAAAAUUGUAAUGAACGAGCCUUUGCCUGGAUGUUAUAAGUAGUAGUAUGUACUGUAUGUCUAGUUUUCACAGAUUUUUGUAGUCUUCACUUACAGUGUAAUCUUUUAGCAAUACUAGUUCUUUAUUGUAUAUAUACUUUACAAUGUUGAAUACUUGUUACAUUAAAAAUAUUUUUUGUUU